AUUGUGGGAGAGACAGAAACCCCAGACUAGAGGCACACAAUAUGUGUUGGCUCGCAAAAAGGUGGCAGUAUCUUUAAAAUCAUGUAAUGUGGUUGGCGAAACGUUGAAGAUCUAGCCGUUUUACGCAAAACUACUCGAUCGGCCACAAAAUGUCCAGACCUGGAGAAAGAAUUAAGCUCAAUGAAGAUCACGGUAGAAGAGAGAGUUCAAGUUUGGCGAACGGAAUGGACAACAGCCAUCCAGGCUGUAAUUCGGGAGAGAAGCGACAUUGGAGAAGUUAUAAGUUGAUUAUUGACCCAGCGUUGAAAAAGGGACAGCACAAACUAUAUCGCUACGAUGGGCACCACUUCAACGGGCCGAAUCCCGGAAUGUCACCAGUGGAUAUGGUUAGAGACCCGAGAAUCGGUCGGCUUUGGACGAAGUACAAGGAGACUGAUCUCCCGGUUCCUAAAUUUAAGAUCGAUGAAUGUUACAUCGGUCGCGUGCCGCCAAAGGAGGUCACGUUCGCCAGACUAAACGACAACGUCAGAGAGGGAUUCCUCACCGACAUGUGCAAGAAAUUCGGCGAUAUCGAGGAGGUUGAGAUUUUGUACAACCCGAAGAACAAAAAGCAUCUCGGAAUAGCUAAAGUCGUGUUCGGAACCGUCAAGUCGGCGAAGGAUGCCGUACAGAAUCUCCACAACACGUCAGUUAUGGGCAACAUUAUCCACGUGGAGCUGGACCCCAAAGGCGAAAAUCGCCAAAGGUACUUCCAGCGUUUAAUCAACGGAAGUUAUACUCCACUCACACUUCCGGUUGGUGGGGAAGAAGCUUGUGAAGUUUCUCCACGGAGCCUAGCUGAAGCCCUGCUGGCAUGUGAGCCGUUGCGAAGGCUAUCUGAAGGUGGUUCUUCUGCGGUCACAGGCACUGCUACACCAGGCAGCACCAACACACCCGUGACUGUGGAUACGGCCUACUCUAGCCUAAAGCAGGAUACGCCCCAGUCCCAGGGUACCCCACACACCCCACGCCAGAGUGGCACCCCAUUCUCUCAGGACUCAAGCUAUUCUAGCAGGCAGGGAACUCCGGCGUUCCAGCCUAACCGUGCGGAAUCCUCGGGAGGCUACAAGUCGAGAAGGCAUGAAUCCAAAUUCCAGGACGCCUACAAUCGCAGACCGGAAAGGCACUACGUCCAUGGCACAGGAGGUGCUCACCGUGGCAAUGUAGAGGCCUCUUUUAAGCAACAUCAGCCACCUGAGCCGCCCUCCCCUGCAUUUAUGCACACGCCUCCACCGCCAGCCAAUGCGAAUUUCAAGACUGCUUUUUCUCCUUAUCAGCCCCCAAUGCCCCCUGUGUACCCCCACACAGAGCCCCCCUUCCACCAGCCCGUUCAGCGGGAAGUGGAUUACAGGCGUCCCCCUCAAAUCCCUCCUCCUCCGAGCACUGACUUUAUGCCCGCUUGCGACCGACCCACGACGCCGCCAAUACCAGAACAGCCCCCCGCACCGCUGUCCCAUCCGGCUACACCUCCCCCUUCCACGCCCGAGCCCUGUCCUUCACUGGGCACUCCCACCCAGGAGUUGGAACGUAACAGCCUGGACUCCCGCAUAGAACUGCUCCUGAAGCCAUUCUUGAAUGAGCGUGGCGACUCGGACAAUGAGGUGCGCAUGGACGGGAGCCCGAUUUCUUCGUCGUCCUCGCAGCUCUCACCUAUUCCACCUUGUCGUCCCUCACGCCCUUCAAGCACUGGCCUAGAAGACAUCAGCCCAACUCCACUGCCUGACUCUGAUGAUGAUGAACCUAUCCUUGGUACUGCUUCCCUCCUGACGAACUCUAGGGCAAUGUCGCCCUCAAUACUGCACAAUAAGAGCUCUACGGGACGACCGCAGACGCCGACGGACACGGGCCAUCAGUCCUCCGGUGAAGACAUGGAGAUAUCAGACGAUGAGAUGCCUGGCACACCGAUUGGCAGUGGGGACUGUGCCAGAAGCAUCGUGGUUAACUCUGCAGACCCCAUGCAGACCAUUCCCAUGCCCCCACCAGGGUUUCCUCCUCUACCUCCUCCACAAGCUGGUUUCCCCCUGCCACUACCUCCCCUUCCACCUCACUCAACCGUUCCGGGUCCCCCGCAUCCGCACCUGACCGGCCCUCAUCCGAUGCUGCCCCCAAUGCACCCCUUUCCCCCUGGCAUGAUUCCCAUUAUGCAGGUGGAUCUGAUGAGCUCCCUGUCGCAGUGGAGUAGUGUUCACAUGUCCUUCCAGAUGCAAACCCAGAUGUUGAGUCGCAUGGUGCAGAGCCAGCGACCGUAUCUGUACCCCCACUUCAUGGGCGGAGCAGCUGCGGCUGCCGGAGCUGCAGCAUUGCAGUUUGGUGGUCCGUACCCACCUCCUUCGAUGGUUGGUGCCCCUGCUGGUACUGUCGGACAUGGGCAACCCUGGCCUGUACCCAGCAUGCCCAAAUUCAACCCUGCUGUACCCCCGCCAGGCUACGAGCCACAGAAGGAAGACCCACACAAAGCCACUGUGGACGGCGUGCUUAUGGUUAUAGUCCAAGAACUUAAGGCCAUCAUGAAACGAGAUCUCAACCGCAAGAUGGUGGAGGUUGUGGCCUUCAGGGCGUUUGAUGAGUGGUGGGAUAAAAAGGAACUUUCGGCAAAGACCACACUUACACCUGUGAAGAUGGGUGAGGUUAAAGAAGAGGAAAAGGAACGUGCCAAACCCAAAGAAACUUUAUCCUCUAGCUUGAUGGAGAAUUGGAACAAGGUCGAGGGUCUGGGCUUUGAGGGUAUGGGUCUCGGCAUCGGCUUGCGCGGUGCCCUCCGGUUACCAUCUUUUAAGGUUAAGCGGAAACAGCCCCCUGAGCCGACAUCCAUCAUUGAUAACAAAAGGGUACGACCAUCCACACCUGUGGACGAUGAGCUGGAAGAUGAAGAAUCAGAAAGAACGGAUCUUCGCCCAGAUGGAUCUAGACCAGAUGGUGGUGCUGCCUCCGCUAAGCGAAGGCCAGCUAGACCUCUGGAGCUGGACAGCGAGGGUGAAGAACAGGAGGAAACAUCUGGUAAAGAAGAGUCAUCACUUUCAGAACAUGAAGAGGAGCAGGAGGAAGAUAUCUCUGAGAGGUUGUCCCCUGGCAAGGUUAUGGAGGACGAUGAAGAAGAAGAAAACAAGAGCGAAUCAGACUCCAGUGAAAGUGAAUCAUCAGACUCAUCAGAUGAUGAAUCUUCUAGCUCAUCGUCCUCCAAAUCUGGUUCGGAUUCCUCUGGAAGUGAUAGUUCCUCCGUUUAUGAAUCAAGUUCAGAGGAGGAGGAAGAGGAAGAGGAGGAAGAAGAGGAGAAAGUAGUAGAAAUUGAUGAUGAAGAUGAAGACGAGGCACAAACCUCAUCAUCAUCGUCAUCAUCUUCACCCUCAUCUUCUAUUGAAGAAGAGGACGUAAAAUCCCCUAGUACUCCUACAGGACCACCACCACCAGAGGAAGAGACGACUGAGUUGAGUAGGGUGGAGGCAUUAGAAGAAGCAGAGAUCAUUCACAAACAUAUUGAACAGGUGAACUCAGGCAAGCCUGCUCUUGAAAACUUUAGGCCCCCAUCACCCAAAGAAGUGCCAGUGACACAAACAGACACUGACUUGGAGGACAAGGUUCCAGCAUCCAAAGCUUCAACAAAUCUGGAGGUUGUUGGUAGUUUGCGGCCGCCUACCCCGACAGGUUCGUUUGCUGACAGUGAUCAGGACAGCAGACCAAAGAUCCCAGUAGAGGAAGAAAUUCCUCGAACCCCUGGUCGUGAUGGCCCAGUUCCUCUAGAUUCAGAAGCCUCAAUCCCUCGCUCUCUUUCUGCUUCCUCCAUGCACCUUCCGCUUCCCCCCAAUCAUGUGCUUGAUCCACGGCCCAUUCUCCCGCCACAAGAGUCUUUGCCGGACAAGCCUGUUCGUGGGCGAUUGCCUACGGAGGAAGAUAUCCCACGGACGCCAGGGAGAGACCUCAUGGACAGACCACGAGGAUUGGGCAAGUCUCAAAGCACAGAUACUGUUCCAGUUACACCAGGCAGUGAUACUCCUCUAACAGGUAACAGCUUAAGCUCCCCUCACGUUCUCGGCAGCCCCUUCUCUUACCCCGCCCAAUCCCCUGUACUCAGCGCUGGCAUUCCUCGGACUCCGGGUAGAGAUCUUACUUUUACUCCAGCUUUCCCUGACUCUGCUGCUUUAGCUACGGGCCUUCCCAUUCACAGAAAGACUUCCUCCGAGAGCUUGGAGGAGAAGUCUCUUUUCAAAGAGCCUUUACUCAACGCCUCUCCCCAGGCCAGCCUACCUAACAAUGCGGCUUCCUCCCCUUUCCCUGGUGCUCCCCUUCCUGCUGCUUUACCUCAGGAGCCAGCUCUGCCUCCCCAAGGCUCCUCUCCCACUUCUCUUGAGACUUCCUCCACCACUGUUCCAAAAGACCUACCUGUACCAUUGAUAGAUGUUCCUAUGUCCUUAGAUGCUACUCCACCCAAGAGGAAACCAGGACGUCCCAAGUCUAAAAAGGUGCCUGUGGUCAUUCUUCAAGAUGUUCAAGAGCUUUCAGCUCCACCUCCAGAGCUACCGGUAAAUGACUUGUACCCCGAGACCUUCAAAGAAGCAGAUGACGACUCCACAGACCUGGCCAUGGAGGACAAGGAAAACCAACCCCAGACGAUCACUGACGACAGGCAUUUCUAUGUGGAGGAGCCUAUUCAGAAGACGCGUCGACAGCGACGCGGAUGGCAGGAGUUGUUGCUCUCCAUGCAUGUCCCUGUGGCGCCUCAGCCCCCCAGUUUUCAGCCACGCUCAGAAUUUGAAGAGAUGACCAUCUUGUACGACAUCUGGAAUGAGGGUAUAGACGAGGAGGACAUCCGCUACCUUAAAGUCACGUAUGACAAGAUGCUUCAGCAGGACAAUGACAACGACUGGCUGAACGACACUCUCUGGGUCCACCAUCCUGCCACCAACAUGGGGAUUGUAACGGGAGCAAAGCGUAAGCGGAAAGAGGACGGCAUACGGGACCACGUUACAGGCUGCGCCCGCAGCGAAGGCUACUACAAAAUCGACAAGAAAGACAAAAUGAAAUAUCUGAUCAGCUCACGCCCGACGUCAGAAGAGCCUGACGUGGACACUCAGGGUAAAAGUAUACCAGCACAGCCCCAAGUGUCCACGAGAGCAGGUUCAGAGAGAAGAUCUGAACAGCGUCGCCUGCUUUCAUCCUUUAGCUGUGACAGUGACCUCCUCAAGUUCAACCAGCUCAAGUUUCGUAAAAAGAAGAUCAGGUUCUGUAGAAGUCACAUCCAUGACUGGGGAUUGUUCGCCAUGGAGCCGAUUGCUGCUGAUGAGAUGGUUAUUGAAUAUGUUGGCCAGAACAUUCGACAGGUUAUUGCAGACAUGCGAGAGAAGCGGUACGAGGAGGAGGGCAUCGGCAGUAGCUACAUGUUCCGUGUGGAUCACGAUACCAUUAUAGAUGCCACCAAAUGUGGCAAUUUCGCCCGCUUCAUCAAUCACAGUUGCAAUCCAAACUGUUAUGCCAAGGUCAUCACUGUGGAGGCACAGAAAAAGAUCGUCAUCUACUCCCGGCAGCCAAUAAAUGUCAACGAGGAGAUCACAUACGAUUACAAGUUCCCCAUCGAGGACGAGAAGAUUCCUUGCCUCUGUGGUGCUGAGAACUGCAGAGGAACCUUAAAUUAAUCCUGGUUCUUAAAACAUGCACUGCCCAACAAGCCCAGACGCCCGGUCUUCUGGAGACAUCAUGCCAUAACCGCAAGGAGCUACAGAAGAACCAGUGGGUGCGAAGAGACGCAUCCACUGGAUAUAUUGUGCAGCUAAGUGUCUAGGACUUCUUUUUGUACUUUAACAAUUGUUUACGAUUUAAAGGUGCUCUUUUAAGCAUAAAAGAUGAGUUUUCUACCACUCUUCCGUUCACCUCAAGUAAACGGAAACGGACAUAUCCCAAAAUCUUUGGGCACUAGGUUUGUCGUUCCCUUGGAGCUCCUGGUCUUUGUCAGCCCCUUUUCCCUAUGCAGUUUGGAAAUGGAGAGACCUCAAUUUUGACCCUAAACACUUUAAGCUGCACACGUCUGUCCCACACGCACAAAAGAUGUUUUCAUUAUCACCCCAUCUUUUUUAUGUAGAUUCAUUUAUGCUAAAUAAGAAAUUUAAGCCUACGUGGGUUUUCACAACAUUAUGCAAAAAUUCUACCUAGACAGAUUUCACUGUAUUGUGUCCGGAAAGGUUUAGUAUUUUUGACACUAAACGACGAUUUAUCCUCAGUUUGUGGAACGUUCAACAAAAGCACACCUGCGUCGGCCGCGAAACAAAUGAGCAGAAAAAAGUCCACAGCUCAGGCAAAUUUAGACAAAGUGAAACGCUCCCUCCAUUAAACUUAAGCCAGCACUGCAUAUGUGAAAUCUAGGCCUUUUUUAAAGGAUCAAAAGCAAACCAUACACUACACUUUAUCUCUCGUUUUAUCAGACUUUUUUUAUACAUUACAGUGAUCUGCAUAUAAGCGUGUGCACCGCCCCCUACUGGCUAUAUGGUGCAAAGACUGAAAGCUGCUUAAAUUCAGAUUCCAACAACACUUAAACUGCACGGCUUAGUAUUAAUUCUGCAUCUUCGACUCAAGACUACGGUUUGCACUUGGCAGGAAAACAUGCGGAGAUCCAACUGGCUUCAUGCACAUUAAGUCACUGGUGCUGAAUUUUUUAAUAGUGUGAAGGAAUUCUUCGUUAUAGACGAUGCUGCUGACAUAUGUUGCUUUUUCCUGAAGCAUCUUGAUUCAUUUUAAGAAUGCAAAUCCACCUGCACUGGUUUCAGUCGCUAUGACUGUGGUUUUCAAAGUGUUAAGAGUUCAGUACAGCGAAUUCAGUGAGGUUCCCCAAUUUAUCAAAUAGAGAGAAUUUUAUUAAAAAUCUAUAUUGAAUACA